ACACACGUCUGUAGGUCGGUUCACUGUGGCGGUUGGCGGGUGAGAUGAGACUGGAUACUGGCUUCUAAAAGCCUGUUUUGAGACGGAGAAGACAUGGCGGAGGCGUAUGGGGACAGCUCUGACUCGGAUAGUCCUGGGUUGAACCGAGGCUGUCUGCUGCUGGACCCCGAGGAUCUGAUCUGCUCCGAUAUGUCCAUUAUCGUCCCGGAGACUCCCAGCCCUCAGCAUGGAAAACGGAGAAGGACAUGCAACAACCGGGAUGAACAUUCUAGUCCUGCUGCCGUCAGUGGCUCAUCCAGACUCUCUGAACUCACCCGGGGCUCAUCUCGCCGUCCCAAACGACGGAAACUAAGCAACUCCAAAGCAGACUCAAGUCAUGGGUUUUUCUCUGCUCCGUCGGUCGAAGAGUUUCCUUUGGGCAGUUGGCUGGAGUCUCCUCAUCCCAGCACUUCCUCCUCAUCUUCUUCUUCUUCCUCCUCCUCCUCUUCAUCAUCUUCCUCCUCUUCAUCUUCUUCCUCAGCCUCUUCUUCCUCAUCCUAUUUGUCUUACUUAAGCCCUGCCUACGAACGAGACGGGGCUUCGACCUCGACUGAAUCCAUAGAAGACGUUAUUCCUGUUUACCCUUUUACGCAGGCAUCUCCUCCCACCCACAGACCGCUCAGCCCUGGGUCACUGUCCUUUCUCACAGACGAAGAGAGAAGAUGGCUGAAUGGAGAACAGACACCGACUGCGACAGCAGUAGAGGAGAUUGUGAUCAGUGAUGAGGACGAUGAGGCUGUGGUUCGUACAGCGCAGAUGGAGGAAGAUGAGGCUUUAGCCCGAAGUUUACAGGCUCAGUUUGACAGUGAACAGGCCGAGACACACAGGAGUCAUCAUCCUCUCCACCAUCACCUUCAUAGACCCCCACCACCUCACAGCCACAUGCUGAAUCCAUUUAAUCCGUAUCUGGAGCAUAGCUGGAUGCCUCGAAUCCUGGCAGCUGUUUCAGGGUUUGAAGAAGAUUUUCUCGGUCCAGGCACAAGACGUGGACAAUCGAGAGGUCGGAGGAGAAACGAAAUGCCCAGUUUUUCAGAUGACCUUAUGGGAAAUGAUUAUGAGGCUCUGUUGGCAUUUGAGGAACGACAGGGGGCAGUUGUGUCGAAGAAACUUAGUCGAAGAGAAAUCCAAAGGUUUCCAACCAAGAAAUUCCAGUCUACAAGUGCAGCUGGCAACACACAAUGCCAGAUUUGUUUCUGCGACUACACUGAUGGAGAGAAGCUGAGGAUGCUGCCCUGUUUCCACGACUACCACGUCCAAUGCAUCGACAGGUGGCUGAAGGACAACACGACGUGCCCCAUCUGUCGGGCCAAUCUUGCGGAUGGUGUUUCACUGGAGCCGAACAACCAUUGACCUCUGCUCUCCAUUCAAAUUUAGGACUAUAUUUAAAUGAGUUUCACAUUCAGAUCCCAAGACCUCUGUAAAAUUCAGUGUUUUUCAUAAGUUUUAUUUUAUUUCCAUAUAUUUGUUCAUCUCAGGAGCUCGCAGGCAUUCCCCUUCCUGUCUUUUAUAGACAAAAGUUAAAUAAAACAUUGUUUUUAUAGA